AUGGAAAAUAUCUUCUUCUUCUUCGAUCUCUCUCUCUUAUCGCUCUUUUCGCUCUCUCUCCCACUUCUUCUUCGAUCGACGACUUCGGAUCAUGGAACAAUUGUGCUGGGGCUAGGCGGGGCGCUAUGGAGUUGGAACGCUUUGACCGCUAAGGAGGAGGCAAUGGCAGCAGCUAGACGGCCGCCUCCGCCACCACCCAAGGAGAAGAAAGACCCAACCGUGAGCGGAGUUCAGGCCAAGGUAUUGGCGAGCAAGAAGCGCAAAGAAGAAAUGAAGGCUUCCAUUGCUAAACUAAGAGAGAAAGGCAAACCUGUUGUUGAAGCGGAACCAAAGUCUUCUUCCUCGGAGUAGCAAUAAUUUAAACCCUUUCAUUAAUUUAUCUGCCUACCACAUUCAUUCCUAUGAUGUUAAUUCACACUACUAUAUUUCAAUUCCCUCUUA